AUGGUAGCUAAAUCAGAUAUCACUCCACUUCAUUCAGUACUAGCAGGUUCAGUAGCUGGCGCCAUUGAGGGAACAAUUACUUACCCUUUUGAAUUUGCCAAAACUAGGCUUCAACUGGCUGAAAAAAAAGCUGGAGCUUCCAGAAACCCGUUGGUAUUAAUUUACUCUACUGUGAGAAAUCAAGGUCUUAGCGCUUUAUAUGUUGGAUGUCCGGCGUUUGUCGUGGGUAAUACUGCGAAGGCUGGCAUCAGAUUUCUGGGGUACGACACGUUGAAAAACUUGCUCAAAGAACCCGAAACGGGAAAGCUUAGUGGGAUAUCUAGUAUAGCUGCCGGUAUUGGUGCAGGUCUCUUCGAAUCUAUCUUUGCAGUAACGCCAUUCGAAGCAAUCAAGACUGCGCUGAUUGACGACAGACAAGCCAAAGUACCCAAAUACCAAAAUAAUGGUCGUUUAUUUUUGUUUAAUUACACAUCAUUAGUGAGUGACCUGGGCUUGAGGGGCAUAUAUAGUGGUUUAGUUCCCGUUGCGUUAAGGCAAAUGGCAAAUCAAGCUGUUAGAUUUGGUUGUUAUAACAAGAUUCAAAAUGCUGUGAAGGAAUACACGAACACCCCGCCCACUAAGUCGCUUUCGGUAGUAAAUACAUUUGUCGCUGGAAGCAUCAGCGGUGUGGUUACAGUGUACGCCACUAUGCCCAUUGAUACCAUUAAAACUAGAAUGCAGUCAUUAAGCGCGUCACAGUAUUCAUCUACCCUCGAUUGCUUUGUGACUGUGGUAAGAGAUGAAGGUGUUAAGACACUAUGGAAGGGUGCAACUCCAAGACUAGGACGCUUAAUACUGUCUGGUGGUAUAGUGUUUACUACAUAUGAGCAGAUUAUUAAAUUGUUAUCCAAGAAUUAG